AUGGCAUACAAUACAAGAUAUCUUCGUCCUCCUAGUUACCCUUCAUAUUCCUCUGACAAUGUGAAAUUAAAGGGAACUUAUGGCAAAGAGAAAUCAAAAGGCUCUUCUGGCAAGAACUUUUUAAACAAAAUCAUUAGUCAAAUUAAAGAAAAUAGCUUAAAGAAAAAAUUAAAAGCUAAACUUUCAAAAUUUACUGAUGAUAAAACUCAAUACUACGAUAACCCACAAGAUGAUGACUUAUAUGAUCAACCUCCUCCUUAUGACCAGAAUUAUAAUAAAGAUCAUACAACAAUUACGAUUACAGAAGAAUCUAUUUGGACUGAAUCUUUUUCAAUCAGAAAUGAUGCCACUGUUUUCAAUAUCAAGGAAAGAAUUAAUACACUUUGUAAUAUUGAGGUUGAUAAUCAAAUUAUCCUUCAUCAAGAUACUAUUCUAAAAAAUAACAAUCAAAAAGUUAAUGAAUUAAAUAUCAGCCCUGGAGAUGUCCUUUAUAUGAUUAGAAAGGCUAAAGUUACUCAAGGAACGGAUAAAGAACUUUAUACAAAUUCUCCUAAAAACUCCGAUGAAAGUGGUAAAAUAAAAGUCAUCCUUCCAACUCGUGAACUUGAAUUAAGUGUAUCUUCGAAUGAUACUGUUGCUGAUCUGGAACGUAUGAUUUUUGAAAAGGCAGGCAUGGAAAUAUCAAGGAAGACUGCAAUAAAUGGUCACUGUCUUGAUUAUUAUAAGAUACAUUUAAACCUUGUUUUUAAAAAUAAAGUUAUAAGCGGUUCUUAUCAGAAACUUUCAACUGAAGGCAUUAUUCCUUGUAGCCCUGGUGAAAAAUAUUCCGCUUUUAAUAUCUUAUUUGCUAUGAUAAAACUUGGUGGUGGUUAA